AAACGCUAACCUCUGAUACCGAUCGUUUGUUGUUUUGGUCCAAGCCAACUUGAUUUCACCAGACGUGGUUCGCUUCUGCUCCUAUCCUAUGCCAACAGUCUUAAACGUACGCCUAGUUUCGCACGCGAACUGCACUCCAUUAAAAUAGCUUUCUGAAGAAUUUUUUUUAAAAAAAAAAAAACAAAAGAAGAAGUGAAAGCGAUGCUGUCAUCUCUGGCACCAUUCCCCAAUGCCAUUUCGCUCAACCUUGUCUCUCCGUUGUCUUCCGCUCGCUCCCCUCCGUCUCUCUUCUCCAGUUUCAGGGCCCAAAUGUCAUCCGAAUCGCUCCCACCUCUUCCCCAACACCGCAUCGUUCUAGGCUGUGGAGCGGUGUCUGUGGAUUUCUUGGCCACGGUUGCUUCUUAUCCUAACCCUGAUGACAAAAUCAGAAGCACUAGCUUAAAGGUUCAAGGAGGCGGCAAUGCUGGAAAUUCCUUAACUUGUGCUGCUCGUUUGGGAUUAAAUCCACGAUUAAUUUCUAAGGUUGCCAAUGAUGCUCAAGGCAAGAGUAUACUGGAGGAGCUUGAAGCUGAUGGAGUCGACACUUCCUUCUUAAUUGUUUCUGAGGAGGGUAAUUCACCAUUUACUUAUGUUAUUGUUGACAAUCAAACGAAAACUCGUACCUGUAUUAACACCCCAGGUUAUCCACCCAUGAUGCCGGAGGAGCUUUCUCAAUCAAGGUUAUUAUCUGCAUUGGAUGGAGCAAAUUUGGUCUAUUUGGAUGGAAGACUGCAUGAAACUGCUUUAAUUGUUGCAAAAGAGGCGGCUCGGAAGAAUAUACCAAUUUUAGUCGAUGCAGAACGGAAAAGGGAAGGGUUAGAUGAUCUUCUGAAUUUUACUAGUUAUGCUAUAUGCUCAGCAAAAUUUCCACAGGCAUGGUCAGAGGCUCCAUCUGUCCCAAGUGCACUUAUUUCCAUGCUUUUGAGAUUGCCAAACUUAAAAUUUGUGAUUGUGACAUUGGGUGAAGAUGGGUGUAUAAUGCUAGAAAGAACUGUAGAUGGUGGUUCUGAUGCUGAAGAAAAGGAUAUUCACAGUUUAUUGGAAUCACUAAAGCUGAGAAUAGAUGACAGCAAGACCACCCCAACAUGUGUCUCAUCGGCGGUGACCAAAUUGAGUGCAAAUGGGAUAGGGACAGUGACUGGACGGUUAUUUGUGGGAACAGCUGAGAAGAUUCCGCCAUCAGAACUUGUUGACACAACUGGUGCAGGAGAUGCCUUUAUUGGAGCAGUAGUUUACGCUCUCUGUGCCUGUAUGCCACCGGAGAAGAUGUUACCAUUUGCUGCUCAAGUGGCUGCAUCUGGCUGUAGGGCUUUAGGAGCCCGAACUGGUCUUCCACACCGUACAGAUCCACGCUUGGCAACUUUUUUAUAGCAAGUUCCGACAUGGUGCUGUAGGCGAAGUAAAUGGAAAUGUUGCCCAUGCAGGCUACAACCAGAGUAUGUACAUUGGCCAGGACAUUGCUUUGAGCUUUACUCUCAUUGCAUCAUGCCAUGGGCCCUAGUUCAAGCAAGACAUCCUUUUAUAGAGCAAAGGUUGUCUUUUACAACAUUAUUUAUACUUGCUUCUAUUUCACUUUGUAUUAGAUACAUCCUCUUGUGGAGAUGCUUCUUUGACUCGCACUACUUGAAUCUAAACUCUCAAAGCCUCCGUCUUCAUCUGCUUUGGAGCUUUAAAUAUAUAGUAAAUUGCCUACUUUUUUUAA